GAAUAACGGUCAUGCGCAUUUGCAUAGCAACAUUGAUGCCAGUACUUAGCAAAUAAUAAGAUAAAGAAGAAUCACAUAAGAAACCACGAUUUUAUUGAUAUAUCAGCACUAAUCUGGUGUUCAAAACAACCAUUAAACAUGGAAGUGGACAAAAAACCAUCGAAAAUUUCGUUUAUGACAACUCUGGAUAGGGAGCUGUUCCCAAUCAAAAUGCCUCGGAAUCGGUUUGGGAAUGAAAUAGCACCUUUAAGAGGAGCACCACAUCGAGGCCCUGGUUGUUAUGAGAACGAAGAUAAAACCAAUUUUAUUUACCAAGUAGACACAAAGCUUUUAAGCAACAAAGGUUAUUCUAUGGGAGCUAGAACAGGACCUAGGAUACGCAGAGAUUUUGUGUUUAGAACACCUUGUCCAACAAGCUACCAGAAGAACAACACAGAUCUUCAAACAUUUGAAACAGAUAAUAAACCAUUUUUAGUCGGAGCAGACAGAUUCCCAAUAUACAAAAGAGAUAUUGUAGAUGUAUUACCAGGGGCUGGAACAUAUGAACAUGAAAUACCAAAAAACAGAAAAGUACAGUGGCAUCAAUCCUUUGGUGGAACACCCAUCUUAAUGCCUUCAAUUACCGUACAGAGUACAAUCAACAAAAAUACAGAUAAGUUGUACAGUACAAAAGAGGAACAGAAAUAUCAUAGAAAACUGGCGUACCUGAAGCUGUAUUAUGAAUGAACUCCUUUGUCAGACAAAACCAAAACAAAUAUUUGUAAUGUCAAAAAUGUAAUGUGGAACUUUGACUCUUUAAGAUAACAGAGAAAACACAAUUGUUAUUUCUUUUUUAUUUUGUUAAGUUUUACUUGUACAUAUAUAAGUAUUUAGACUUUUAAAGUAGAUAUUGGUUGAGGGAGAUAAAUCUUUAAAUCAUUUAUGCGUUUGUAAAAGUCAAGUUUCUUAAUGUAUUUUAAGCCCUUACCUGAAACAGAUCUAAAAUAAUCUAUGUAACCUAGAAACCUAGAAUCUAUUUGAGAAAAUGGUUGACACAAAAGUAAAAAUGAUUUAAAGAGUCAUUUCCCUUAUCCUAGUUCUACCCUCUUAAUUAAUUUGAAAAAAACCUGGUUAAGAUUUGAUUUUUUUAAUGUCUGUGAUAUUUUACAAUCACCAUUUUUGGGAGAGUUGACAUGUGAUAAAUGAAUGAGUGUGAGAGAUGUUUUGACUACCAGAAAAAUAGUUACAGUGCAACCUGCCUAAUCUGACACCUGAGUAUUCCAACAACCUGAUUUAACAGACACAUUUUCAUGAUCUGAAAAUAUGCUUAUAGUUUAAUUUUUAAAUUGUUAUUUGGAUGGAGAGUUGUCUCAAUGGCACUCACACCACAUCUUCCUAUAUCUAUUAUCCUUACAGAAAAAAAAGAAUGAGUAUUCUGACACUCUGAUUUAUCCAACCUUUUUUUCUUUUCCCCCAGUGUGUCAGAUAACACAGGUUACACUGUAUUUGAUUGAGGAUAAUAGAUGUUGAAUUCACUGUUGAAGAUUCUCAAGUAUUAUGGGUAAUUUCACUAUUUUACAACAACAUAAAAAUAUUUUUUGUAGCUUUUGAUGUAUAUUCAUUGUCAACCAAUCACAUUUGGUGUAUGCUUACCAAGAUUAAAUAAUAAGAUUCUGAAACAGUGAAUUGUUGGUAAAUGAAUGAAAGAUUGCAUGGUUGAAAAAGGGAGAUAAUUAUAGAAAACAUGGGUGUGUGAAAUGAAAGUUAGUAUGUACAUGUGGUUUUAUGAAGUUUUUUAAAAUGUGGAUGUUUUAGUAUAAAAACGAUGAUACCAUAUAAACAUAUAAUACUAGGUUUUUACAUGUUUUGAAGAUGAUAAUUUUACCAUAUUUUUAUGCAUAUUCUUGGACAAGAUUUAAUUUGUACAUACAUGUAUAUCUGACACUCUAUAUAUAUUUGUUUGGCCAUUUAUCCUAAUUUUGUGAAAUUAUAUGUUCAUGAAUACAUUUUAAAUCUGAUAAUCUUUACACUAAGUUUAGAGUGGAAUUUUAGAUAUUUUGUCAUCAUAUAGUAUUUCAUUUCUUAGAAAAGUGCAAAUUUUAAAUUUAAACUACAAAUUGAAUAAUGGUAAAUCAGAAACUGAAUCAAUACUUAUUUUUAAAGAUUUAGUGAAUCUGAUUUUCUUACAUUUUCAUUGGUAGGUAGCAGGUAUGGAGUUGUCUCACCCUUUUACUGUAAUUGUUCUAUUUUUUUUAUUUUUUUUAAGCUUAAUUUUAUCCUUUAAGAUAUCAAGAUAACAUUAUAUACAUAUACAGCAAAUAUUUGAUUAUCUAAUAACUAAUCAGGGUUAUUGUCUAAAUUUCAAUCUUACAAUAUUAACUUAAUCCUAUAGUGUUUCAAUAAAGGAAUGUAUGAUACAUUGAACUUAUAUCAAAUAAUUAAAGGUAUUCAAAAUGUAAGCAUUUGAUAAAUUAGAAAAAAUCUGUCAAUAGUUUUGUUCAAUUCAUCUUGAGAAAGAGGAACUAAGAUUACAAUAAAAUGAUUGAUCUCAAAUCAGAUAUUCAAAAUUUAAUAUUAUUUAGAGGUGAACAAUGAAUUUAAGAAAUAUAUACAACAGCCUUAUUUUGCUUUUUCAAAGAUUUUUUUUGUCAGCACAAAUAAUGUUCUAAAUACAUUUUCUUAUCAUAUGUAUCACCUAAGAAAGCUGAAAAAGUUGAUAAAGCAUGGCAAAUAUGUUAUUGAUGUAGAGCAGACAUCUUGAAAGGUCUGUUUAAGGUAUUCCCUCUUUUUAUCUUGAAUGUAAUUUAUAAAUGAGAGAUAAAAUUACUUAAAUAAAACCUUCAUUGGCUGAUUUCAGGACAAUAAUGUAUGAUUGUUAUAUUUUACACAUGUGAUGAGAAUAAAACUUUGAAAUCAUUA